AUGCUCUCACGGUUUACCCCAGGUCCGCCACGAAGUGGAUACGUACCUGCGCACUCUGGCGGACCUUCGAUAUCGUCAAUCCACGGGGCCGUGUCGCAAUUGGUUCUGGACAUUCAGUCUGCUAUCUCUUUAAAAAGCAUCGACUAUCUCCACUGCAAUCAAACCCUAGAAUUUAAUGAUCUUCAUGGCCAUGAAACUGGGCUUAGAAGGGUCCAGCCGUUGAUGUGCUUCCAUCCACAACCUCCCUUCCCCCUUCCCCGUUCUACUCUCUCAUCUUUCUUCCCAUCGACCACUUCCAGAUAUUGA